GGGCUGGGGCUCAGUGGGUCGGACGCAGCCAUGGCGGAGGGAGGCGAGGGAGAGGAGCUGCUCCGGCCGCCGCUGCCCGCCACGGGGUCACCGGGCCCGAAACGCCUAUGCUCGCGGGUGGUGGGGGCAGCGCUGCCCCGCUCGGGGGGCUGCCCGGGAGGUCCCGUCGGAGCGGCCGUGGCGGCCAGCGGCGCCGGCGGUGGGGGCGGCGCCGGCACCGGGGCGCGCGGUUGUUGCCCCCCGGGCGGGCCGGGACCGGGCGCUGUCUGCGGGCCGGAGGGGCCGCUGCUGCCUCUGCUACAGCCCGAGUCGCUGCUGGACGCGGCGGCGAAGCGGGUGGCGGGCAGUUGGGCCUUCGAGCGGGUGGAGGGCCGCUUUCAGCGCAUCCCGGAGCCCGUGCAGCGCCGCAUCGUGUACUGGAGCUUCCCCCGCAGCGAGCGCCAGAUCUGCAUGUACUCCAGCUUCCAGCCCGGGCGCCCCGGCGGCAACGGCGCAUCCGGAGGCGGCGCAGGAGCCGCGGGAAACGCGGCGGGCAUCGGCGCCGGCGGCGAGGACAGCCCGGCGACAGCCACUGGCCCCGCCGUCCCCUCGGGGGCGCCGGGCACUGCCCCUUUGCCGGCCCCGGGCGCCCCAGCCAGCGCCGUCACCGAGGGGCUUCCCUUCCGCAGAGGCAUCCGCUUGCUGGAGACCGGCGCCGUGGAUAACGUGCUCCAAGUGGGAUUCCACCUGAGUGGUACGGUUACAGAGUCUGCAACUGCAACAGAACCAGAAAUGACCUACAAAGUGGCCAUCAGCUUCGACCGGUGCAAAAUAACUUCUGUGACAUGUGGUUGUGGGAACAAGGACAUUUUUUACUGUGCUCAUGUUGUGGCACUCUCGCUGUACAGGAUACGCAAGCCUGAUCAGGUCAAACUCCGUCUUCCUAUCUCAGAAACCCUUUUCCAAAUGAACAGGGACCAGCUCCAAAAGUUUGUUCAGUAUUUGAUCACAGCCCACCACACUGAAGUGCUCCCGACAGCCCAGAAGCUAGCUGACGAAAUCUUGUCCUCCAACUCUGAAAUCAAUCAAGUGCAUGGUGCACCAGACCCUACCGCAGGGGCCAGCAUUGAUGACGAGAAUUGCUGGCAUUUGGAUGAGGAACAGGUUCGAGAGCAGGUGAAGCUGUUCCUCUCCCAAGGAGGGUACUAUGGCUCUGGAAAGCAACUCAAUUCCAUGUUUGCUAAGGUCCGUGAAAUGCUGCGCAUGAGAGAUUCCAAUGGAGCCCGGAUGUUGACACUAAUAACUGAGCAGUUUAUGGCAGACCCACGGCUUGCUCUCUGGAGACAGCAGGGAACAGGCAUGACAGACAAAUGCCGACAGCUCUGGGAUGAACUGGGGGCCUUGUGGGUGUGUGUUGUGUUAAACCCACACUGCACACUAGAAGAGAAGGCGUGCUGGCUGCGACAGCUCCGGAAGUGGGGAGAUAUGGAUGUUUGCCCGCUGGAGGAUGGGAAUUACGGCAAUGAACUUCCCAACAUUACUAGUGCACUUACUCAGAGCUCCAGUCACAGGCAAAGCUCUUUAGCAAGGCCAAGACGCACAGUGUUCACUCGUGCCAUUGAAGGCUGUGACCUGCACUGGCAGGAUAGUCACCUGCAGCGGAUAAUCAGCAGUGACUUCUACAUCUCUCCCUCUUACCAAAGGGAGGGAGAGGGCCUUCUCUUCAACUCACAAGGACAGCCAUUGUGGUUGGAACAUGUCCCUACAGCCUGUGCCCGUGUUGAUGCCCUUCGUUCCCAUGGAUACCCCAAGGAAGCGCUCCGUCUCACCGUGGCUAUAAUCAACACCCUGAGAUUGCAACAGCAGAGGCAGCUGGAGAUAUACAAGCAUCAAAAGAAAGAACUGCUGCAGAGAGGAGCAACCACCAUCACAAAUCUGGAAAGCUGGGUGGGGCAUCCUCUCAAUCCCAUUGGCUGCUUAUUUCUCACUUUGACAGAAGCAUGUCGAGUAGAGGAUGAAAACUGCCUUGAAAUUUCAGAUUCUGGUGACUCCAAACCUCCAGUCUAUCAGCACAUGCCUGUGGCCAACAGUUGCCCUGAAAGCGGGGAAUCCUACCUCUCCCUGGCUUUGGAAGUGGCGCUGAUGGGGAUGGGGCAGCAGCGGGUGAUGCCGGAGGGCCUUUAUGCUCAAGACAAAGUGUGGCGUAACGAGGAGCAGAUUAUUGCCCGCCUGCAGGAGCUGGAGCUGGAUGCGGUGCUGGUGCAGACGCUACGCAAGCAGAGCAUCCUGCUCCUGGAAGGUGGUCCCUUCAGUGGCCUGGGUGAGGUCAUCCACCGCGAAAGCGUGCCCAUGCACACCUUUGCCAAGUACCUGUUUUCUGCCUUGCUGCCCCACGAUGCUGACCUGGCCUACAAGUUGGCACUGCGCUCCAUGAGGCUGCCUGUUUUGGAGACGACUCCCUCAGGUGAUGUCACGCACCCUCACCAUAUUGUUUCAGUGGUGCCUAGCAGGUACCCACGCUGGUUUACUCUGGGACACUUGGAAUCGCAGCAGUGUGAGCUCGCUUCCACUAUGCUGACAGCAGCCAAAGGUGACAUGUUGCGUCUACGGACUGUCCUGGAAGCAAUUCAGAAGAACAUCCACUCUUCCUCCUUGAUCUUCAAACUGGCCCAGGAUGCCUUCAAAAUUGCCACGCCUGCCGACAACAACUCUGACACAACCUUGCUCAAUGUGGCACUGGAGCUGGGGUUGCAGGUGAUGCGAAUGACCCUAUCAACCUUGAACUGGAGAAGGAGGGAGAUGGUGCGAUGGCUGGUGACCUGUGCUACGGAAGUGGGUGUACGGGCCUUGGUCAGCAUAUUGCAGAGUUGGUAUACACUCUUCACCCCAACUGAAGCCACCAGCAUAGUAGCAGCAACAGUGAUGUCUCACAACACCAUCUUGCGCCUCAGCCUGGACUACCCCCAGCGAGAAGAACUGGCCAGCUGCGCCCGCACAUUGGCCCUCCAGUGUGCCAUGAAGGACCCGCAGAACUGUGCGCUCUCAGCCCUGACUCUAUGCGAGAAGGACCACAUCGCCUUUGAGACUGCCUACCAAAUUGUCAUAGAUGCUGCUUCCACAGGCAUGACUUAUUCACAGCUCUUCACCAUUGCACGGUACAUGGAGCACCGCGGGUACCCACUGCGGGCCUUCAAGCUGGCAUCGCUUGCCAUGACACACCUCAACCUUGCCUAUAAUCAGGACACACACCCUGCCAUCAAUGAUGUGCUGUGGGCAUGCGCACUCAGCCACUCCCUGGGCAAGAAUGAGCUGGCAGCCAUUAUUCCACUGGUGGUGAAGAGCGUGCACUGUGCCACUGUUCUAUCGGACAUCCUGCGGCGUUGCACGAUGACGGCGCCAGGCCUGGCCGGCAUUCCUGGCCGCAGGAACUCUGGUAAACUGAUGUCAACAGACAAAGCACCUUUGCGCCAACUGUUGGAUGCUACAAUAAGCGCUUACAUCAACACCACACACUCCCGGCUCACCCACAUCAGCCCACGACAUUACGGGGAGUUCAUAGAGUUUCUCAGCAAAGCUCGGGAGACUUUCCUGCUGGCUCAGGAUGGCCACAUCCAGUUUGCGCAGUUCAUAGACAACCUCAAGCAGAUCUACAAGGGCAAGAAGAAGCUCAUGUUGCUAGUGAGAGAGCGAUUUGGAUGAGCUUCUGCACAAAGAGCAGGAAAAGAAGACACCCUGAUCCCCAUUGGUGGAAUUAUGCUUACUAGGCAAGACUGAUUGAAUUUUCCAUCCAGAGGAGAUUUCCAGAUUCUUCGAGGACCGUAAACCAAAAGCUGCACGGCAGGAAGGGUUUGCUUCCCACCUACCACUCGCUCGCAAACACCUCGGCAAUACCAAAAGCUAUCCAGGAAAUUGAAUACCUCUUUCCCAAAGGGCAUGGCCGGUAGAGGCUGGAAAGCAAACCAGCACCAUGGAGACAAGGAAGCACGCCGUUCAGCCUCUUGCGUUGCCACCUGUGUUCCCUGCUGGGGGCCUCGUGAGAGGUGCAUCCUGCCAAGACUGGCAAAUUUCACCAGUGCGUGUGUGUGUGUGUGUGCGUGCGCGUGAAAGAGAGAGAGAGAAAUCCUUAAUUAAAAACCUAAAGUUAAUUGUUCUCAGGGAUUGCUUCACUAAAAGUAACAGAAGCAUUUAUGAUAUUGUAAAUACAAUAGUGUAUGUGUCAAUUAUUAAAUUGUAAAGUUCUAAUUAUUUAUAAUUCUCUUUUUGUUUGGGGGAAUACUUGAAAUGUGAUAUGGGCUGGGAUAUAUAUAUAUAUAUAUAUUGUUCUUGUUAAGCAUUUCUGAACAUGAGAAACAUGAACUUUUCUCAGGUUUUCCCCAGCACUGUUGAAGAGGGAUGGGUGGGCGGGUGGUGUCUGACGAGCGGAGAUUGAUCCAGCAUGUAUGCAGAACUAGGACGACCACAGCAGCCUUGGAAGAGAGAGAUCACCAGGCUGGCAACGGCAAGGCCAGAUGCACCUCAACAUUUCAAGGCCGUGAGGGUGUGGACUUGGCCCACUGGCUGUCAACCACAGCACCCUCCCUUGCCUCUUCUGGUUUGUACUGUGUUUCCAGUGUAUGGGAUACAAAGACCCCCCCAGGAAACCAGGUACCUGGCUGUGAAACAGUUGAGCUUGCACUGUAAAUAAUCUACUUUGGGCCGUUCUCCAUGUGUGUACAGAUGGAUGGGUGCAAGAGUCGCAUACCUCUGUGAACAUAACACGUGGGAAGGCUUCUGUCUUUCCUCUUGGCAGGUGGGGAGCAGGAAACCCAACUUUCUCUCUUGCUUAUGUGUGUCUUUAUUUUCAACUCCCAUUUCUCAAUGGCAGCCUUCAAUGGCUGGUGCCCUCUUGAGGACAGCUUCCUGUUAAACACCUUCCUGCUGCACCUCCCACUGCUCACUCUCAUCUUAAUUUUAAAUUUGUUCCAAUGAAACAAAGGGGGAGGGGGGCUGGCAGGAGCAAAAAGGCUCUUCCUUAUUCCAGUUGUCUUUGUGUUCCCCUGUUCCAGUGUGUCCUAGUUUUAAAAGGGGCAGGGAGGGAAUGCGGGGCAGGGGUUGGGUGAAGUGUAGCUUAGGAAAUGUGGAUUAAAAGUUACCUACUGUCUGACUCCAAUUUUUGUUUUU